AUGUUACGUGUAGCUCUUCGCUCAAGUGAUCAAAAUUGGAGUAUUGGUGGUAGUAGUGAUGAAGUAUGGAAUGGAUGGAGUCACAUUGAAUCUAAAGAUAAUUUCUGGGGAUGUGGAAAUAAUAUUGGAAUGACUUUACAAAAAGGUGAUAUGAUAUGUACAUAUCGUGCAUCAUAUUAUCGUCCAAGUUUCGAUAUAGUUAAAUUAAAUGGUAAAUCAGCAAGUGGUUCAUUCUCUUAUGAUCGAACUAAAUCCAAAGAAGAAGUAUAUAAUGCAUUCGUCGAGUUUAUUGAGAAGCAAAUUGCUGCUCAGAGUGAAUAA